GGGAAAUGUGCUUUUAAGCACAGUCCCCUUAUCAGUUUCUCUGAGAACUUGGAAAGGACAUUCUACCUGGUCUGUCUUCAGGGGGCAAUCUUUUGAGUUCAGACUCAGCUGGAACAUCUCUGGGGUGCAACCUACAUCCUAGUGAUGGUAGAUCCAGAUGCCCCCAACAGGUUAUUUCCCAAAUUUCAGUUCUGGAGACACUGGCUGGUCACAGGCAUCAAGGGUGUGGAUUUGAAGAAAGGGAAUAUUCGGGGCCAGGAGUUAACAGACUACCUGCCUCCCUCUCCACCGAAAAGAAGUGGCUUCCACCGCUACCAGUUCUUUAUCUAUCUCCAGCAUGAAAAGACCAUUUCUCUCCUUCCCCAAGAAAACGAAACUCGAGCUUCUUGGAAACUGGACCAAUUUCUGAUCCGCUACCACCUGAGUGAGCCUGAAGCAAGCACCCAGUUCAUGACCCAAAAUUACCAGGACUCAAGGAAGUUCUAGGCUCUGGCAGGAGGUGACAGUCGUGAGCUCAAGAGCAAACCCAAGCACGGUUAACUGCCUGGUAUGGCUUUGGCUCCCCAAUAGGCAUAUGCCCAGCUGGCCACCAAUGGUGGAGGGAAUAUGAAACCCCCCCCCCCUCUCUUCACACCCCUCUCUUCCAGAUUAAAAAGGAUCAUCCAAGGCCUA